UCUCCGCUUCCUUCUCUUCCUUUUUCACCUUUCAUGUAUAGGACUUCCGAAACCUCCCAAAUGGAUGAAUCAUCAUCAUGUCAUCGAUGGGUAGGAUAAUCACGUUGAGGAGCUCGGACGGCGAAACCUUCGAGGUGGACGAGGCGGUGGCUCUCGAAUUGCAAACGAUCAAGCACAUGAUCGAGGACGAUUGCGUUGAAAACGGCAUCCCUUUACCCAACGUCACCAGCAAGAUCCUCUCUAAAAUUAUCGAGUACUGCAAGAAACACGUGCAAGCAGCUAACUCCGACGAUCGUUCUGUCUCCAUCGACGAUGAGCUCAAGUCUUGGGACGCGGAUUUCGUCAAAGUCGAUCAAGCCACCCUCUUCCAUCUAAUCCUGGCUGCUAAUUAUUUGAACAUCAAGAGCUUGUUGGACCUGAUAUGCCAAACAGUGGCUGAUGUGAUAAAGGGAAAAACACCAGAGGAGAUCCGUAAAACAUUUAAUAUUAAGAACGAUUUUACUCCUGAAGAAGAAGAGGAAGUUCGUCGCGAGAAUCAGUGGGCCUUAAUGACCCUAAUUUUUUAAUGCGUAUGAGAACAUGGGGUAGUUUUUUUCUCUGUUUUUUACUAGUCUUUUAACUGUCAUGUUUCGAUCAUUCUAACGUUAAUAUAUGCCGUUCUUUAUUAAUCAUCACUAUCAGCCUGUUUUCGGGAUUCGCUUUAGCUACAUUCAAGUGGAACCGGUAGGAAAACAAAAAUGAUUCUGCUAAAGCCAGGUUAAAUUAAAAAGCUCCGAUUCAUGCUUAUUAUAGUGGAACUUAUGAGAGGUACGGACACAAGAUUUGAUUUUAUGUUUGGGGGAAACUCCUAAAAUUUUAGGAGAUGAGAACUUAUAAAAUUCUAAGGGCAAAAACAUAUCAAAUUUUGUGAGAAAACGUGGAUCCUGCUAUUUUGUUGUAGAUGUUGUACACCUUACUCGAAUGCUAAGCCACCAUUUUUACUGCUUAUAGCAAACGGACUUCUGACUUUGUAUUUUCCAUU